GCGGCUAUUAGACGUUAGCUGAUUGUUGUCUAAUGUUAUAGAUAACCAGCCGAUUACAUUUAUAUGAAAAACGUUGUUGUAACAACGACCACAUGUACUAGAUAGUUAGCAUUAUUAAGAAAACAUUACAACUGAAGAUAUGAACAGUCGACUGCAAGAGAUCCGCGAGCGACAAAAACUUAGGCGGCAGCUUUUAGCUCAACAGUUGGGAGCUGAAAGCGCAGACAGCAUCGGAGCUGUCCUAAACAGUAAAGAUGAACUGAAGGAGAUUGAAGAGACAAGAGAAACAUGCAGGGCUUCAUUUGACAGUUCAGCAGCACCCUCCAAAAGGAAGGCACAGGAGGGAGAGGACACAGAGGAAGAUGUGGAAGAACAAAAGGAUGAGGUGGAGGUGCAGCAGCUGGAUGAAAGCAACCCAUAUGAGGAAGUGUACAAGGACUCAAGUACUUUCCUUAAGGUUGGACUCCCUUUCUUUUAUACACACAAUGUCUCUUUUAUGUCGUGUCUCACUAACUAUGCUGUUGUAGCCUAUCAAGCAGGUAGAAAGUAGCUACAUUAGAAAAUAUCAACAGAAA